AUGGCUUCUGAACGGACAACUGGUUCAAAAAUCCGGGAACCUAACACUGUAGCUCCUAUGCGCGAUCUCACAAAGUUUUCAGCAGUGGCAGAACUUAGACGUUUAUAUAGUAUGUCCGAAAAAAAAGACCUCUCAGAUUUACAAAUUCCUACUAUAACGGAAAAUGCUGAAGAUGUUACUGGCUUAAAAGGUCGUAUUCGACUUAGGAAGACAGGAGAACGCCAAAAUUCUCGAAAUUGGGCAGAUCAACAAAGAAAAAACAUUCAAGCUUAUGAGUAUUUAUGUCAUAUUGGAGAAGCCAAAGAUCUUAGAAAUGGAAUUGUACUAGCAAAAUUGGCGAGAUCUUUUAGACCUUCAGUUGUUGGAAAAAUUUUUGAGUCACCAAAAUUGCAAUUUCGACAUUCAGUUAAUAUUAAUUUCUUUUUCGACGCAAUAAGAGAUGUUAGAUUACCGAAUAUUUUUCGAUUUGAAUUAACGGAUUUAUAUGAAAAGAAAAACAUUCCAAAAGUUAUUUAUUGCAUACACGCUUUGAGUCAUUUAUUGGCAACCAAAGGACUCACCGUUCGGAUUCGAAAUUUGGUAGGAAAGUUAGAAUUUACAGAUGAACAGUUGCAUACAACGCAAAGAGGUUUAGAUGCUUCUAGAGUUGCUAUGCCAAGUUUUGCAAAUGUUGGUGUAGCAUUAGCUGCAGAACUAAAAAUGACAGAAAUUCCGCAGCAGAUCAAACCUAUCAUGGAAAUAUUUGAACCUGUCAUGAAAGUAGCAGUGAUAGAAGAGUCGGAAGAAGAAAGAAAUGCCAAAUAUUGGGCAGAAAAUAAUGAAUCUCUUAAAAAAUGUCAAUCUAUUGCAAGGACUAAACUCGCAAGAAAAAGAUUAUUAGAACGUAGAGCUGUACAUAUGUCUGUAAUACCUUUCAUAAUUAAAUUACAAGCUCAAUCUAGAGGUUGGUUAGUAAAAACAGAAUGGAAUCGACGUUUAGAUCGAAUGAAAAAGUUAGAAAGAUGGGCUAUCCAGUUACAAGCUCUUAUCCGUGCAAAAUUGGCACGCAAUAGAUUUCGUGAUCGGCAAGAUUAUUUUCAACGAAAUAUUGAUAAAGUUAUUAAAAUUCAAAGCAUAUAUCGUGCUAAACAUGAUGGAGAUGCUUAUCGAAGUUUAACCUUAGGAAAUAAUCCGCCAGUAGGAACUAUUAAGAAUUUCAUACAUUUAUUGGAUGAUAGUGAUUUUGACUUUGAAGAAGAAAUCGAAUUGGAACGCUUAAGACAAGCUGUUAUUCAAAAAAUUCGUGAAAAUAAUCAAAUGGAAGAUCAUUUAAACCAACUUGAUAUUAAAAUCGCUUUGCUUAUUAAAAAUAAAAUUACUUUGGAUGAGGUUAUUGCUGUUGCCAAUCGGAAGAAACGAGGCAAAAGACUCUCGCAACUUAAUUCUUCACAUGGUCCAUUCUCAUCUUUGGAUAAAGAAUCACGUCAUAGACUAGAACUUUAUCAACAACUUUUUUACCUUUUGCAAACUCAACCAUCAUAUCUUGCAAGACUAUUUUUCAUAAUGAAUAAAACGAGAUUUCCUGAAAAAUCCAAGAAAUUAGUUGAGGGGGUUGUAUUAACAUUAUUUGGUUACGCCCAGAAUAAUAGAGAAGAAUAUUUGUUACUCAAAUUGUUUCAGAAAAGUAUGAUAGAAGAAUUAGAAAAUAUUGAUUCACUUCAAGAAUUCUUGAGAGGAAAUUUCAUGUUUAUGAAGUUAGUCGUACAUUAUAAUCGAGGAGCAAAAGAACGAAAAUUUUUACGUGAUUUACUUGGUCCAUUAGUGAAACAAAUAAUGGCAGAUGAAAGUAUGGACUUAGAAACAGAUCCAUUAAUUAUAUAUCGAUCAUUAAUUAAUGCGGAAGAGUUAAGGACAGGAAAAAGAUCCAAUAAACCGAUGGAUAUAACACAAGUCGAAGCUCUUAAUGAUCCACAAACUAGAACCGCAUUUAUUCAUCAUUUACAGAAACUUCGUAAAGAGACAGAAACAUUCUUGGUAGAAAUUGUAAAUUCACUCAAUAAAAUGCCUUUUGGAAUACGUUAUAUUGCCCGAGAAUUAAAGAAUUCUUUAAUGACAAAGUUUAGUAAUGAAACUGAAGACUCGGUAUUAAAAGUGGUUGGGCAUUUGAUUUAUUAUCGAUAUUUGAAUCCUGCUAUUGUUGCACCAGAAGGAUUCGAUGUCAUUGAGAAUAUUGUUAGUCCGAUGCAACGUAAAAAUUUGGCUGAGAAUGUUUAUUUACAACCAUUAAAUGAAUAUGUGGCAUAUGCAACUGAUAGAUUUUCAAAAUUCUUUAAAGCUGUCACGGAAGUUAGUGAUGCCGAAACUUAUUUCGAAAUUGGAGAAUUCAGAGAUCUCACCCGAACCCGAAAUCCCAUAAUAUAUAUUUCACCAUUUGAAAUAUUUUCCACUCACGAAUUAUUAUUUCAACGAAUAGAAUAUAUAGCUCCUCAACCUAAUGAUGUAUUGAGACAAAUAUUUCAAGAUAUUGGUGAAGCACCUCAUCUUGAUGAUAUAUCAAGUGAUGCAAAUACCAAAGAAAUUGCUUUAACUUUAACUAGUCGCUUUGCUCUUGAUGCAAUUAAAAAUGAUCCGGAAACAGAAAUAAAACAUUUAUUUGUGGAAACAAAACGUAUGGUUUUAUUAUUAAUGAGAGUUCAAACUGGUGCCAAUCUUUUGGAAAUUCUUUCAAAAAAUAUAACCCCUCAAGAUGAAGAAAAACAAUUAAAACAGACAUUAAUUAAUUUAAAUGAAAAAGGAUCACAUUUAGAUGAACAAAUUAAAACAUAUAAUGUUCAUAUUGAUGUUUGUAUGCAACAAUUGUCUACUAAGAAAGGUAAAAAACAUCGCUUAGUUUUACCAUUCACUCGUCAAUACUUUCACAUUCGCGAACUACAACGAGUAGGAAAGGUUCCGAAAUUCGGAUCAUUUAAAUAUACUGCACAAAAACUUCACGAUAAAGGAGUAUUAAUUUCAAUAAGUGGUUACCCAACUUUUGAUAGGAUUAGUUUCACCAUAUCAUCAGAUGAAGUUGGUAUAUUCACCAUUGAUGCGUCAUAUGUCGGAGUUCCAGUUCCGGGAGCACAAAUGGAAUUAAGAUUGGAGGAUUUAUUACAAAGUCAAUUUAAUAAUGUUCAAACGAUGACUAUAUUUGAUGGUGUGGCAAGAGUUAAUGUUAAUUUAUUAAUAUUUUUAAUUAACAAAAAGUUUUUUGUUUAA